UCGCUCAGGAAGUGUUUCAGCCAAUCCCGGCCGGCCUUACACUCCGAUUUGCCGGGGCAGCCAAUCGGGGAUGAGCUUUUAUUAGGCGGCCAGAUCAUCAAGCCGAAGUGCCAAACCCUUUUUCUGUGAGAACUAGGAGCCUGUCCUCCAUGUUUUAUAAGUAUUGACAUUACACAGUGUUAACAAUGCAUCCACAGAGCUUGGCCGAAGAGGAAAUAAAAACUGAACAGGAGGUGGUAGAGGGCAUGGAUAUCUCUACUCGCUCCAAAGAUCCUGGCUCCACAGAGAGAACAGCCCAGAAAAGAAAGUUCCCCAGCCCUCCGCAUUCUUCCAAUGGCCACUCGCCACAGGACACAUCCACAAGCCCCAUUAAAAAGAAAAAGAAACCCGGCUUACUGAACAAUAACAAUAAGGAGCAGUCAGAACUAAGACAUGGUCCGUUUUACUAUAUGAAGCAGCCACUCACCACAGACCCUGUUGAUGUUGUACCGCAGGAUGGACGGAAUGAUUUCUACUGCUGGGUUUGUCACCGGGAAGGCCAAGUCCUUUGCUGUGAGCUCUGUCCCCGGGUUUAUCACGCUAAGUGUCUGAGACUGACAUCGGAACCAGAGGGGGACUGGUUUUGUCCUGAAUGUGAGAAGAUUACAGUAGCAGAAUGCAUCGAGACUCAGAGUAAGGCCAUGACAAUGCUCACCAUUGAACAGUUAUCCUACCUGCUCAAGUUUGCCAUUCAGAAAAUGAAACAGCCAGGGACAGAUGCAUUCCAGAAGCCUGUUCCAUUGGAACAGCAUCCUGACUAUGCGGAAUACAUCUUCCAUCCUAUGGACCUUUGUACAUUGGAAAAGAAUGCUAAAAAGAAAAUGUAUGGAUGCACAGAAGCUUUCCUGGCCGAUGCAAAGUGGAUUUUGCACAACUGCAUCAUUUAUAAUGGAGGAAAUCACAAAUUGACGCAGAUAGCAAAAGUAGUCAUCAAAAUCUGUGAGCAUGAGAUGAAUGAAAUUGAAGUAUGUCCAGAGUGUUACCUAGCUGCUUGCCAAAAACGAGAUAACUGGUUUUGUGAGCCUUGUAGCAAUCCACAUCCUUUGGUCUGGGCAAAACUGAAGGGGUUUCCAUUCUGGCCUGCAAAAGCUCUGCGGGAUAAAGAUGGGCAGGUUGAUGCUCGUUUCUUUGGACAACAUGACAGGGCCUGGGUUCCAAUAAAUAAUUGCUACCUCAUGUCUAAAGAAAUUCCUUUUUCUGUGAAAAAGACAAAAAGCAUCUUCAACAGUGCAAUGCAGGAGAUGGAGGUGUACGUGGAGAACAUCCGCAGGAAGUUUGGGGUUUUUAAUUACUCUCCCUUCAGGACACCCUACACACCCAACAGCCAGUACCAAAUGCUGCUCGACCCCAGCAACCCCAGCGCCGGUGCUGCCAAGAUAGACAAGCAGGAGAAGGUCAAGCUCAACUUUGACAUGACGGCGUCCCCCAAGAUCCUGAUGAGCAAGCCCAUGCUGAGUGGGGGCGCAGGCCGCAGGAUCUCCUUGUCCGAUGUGCCCCGCUCCCCCAUGAGUACAAACUCUUCUGUGCACACGGGCUCCGAUGUGGAGCAGGACGCUGAUAAGAAGGCCGCCUCGAGCCACCUCAGUGCCAGCGAGGAGUCCGUGGAUUUCCUGGACAGGAGCACAGCUUCACCAGCCUCUGCAAAGACGGGACAAGCAGGGAGUUUAUCCGGCAGCCCGAAAACUUUCUCUCCUCAAGCGUCAACACCCAUCACGACGAAAACGGACAAAACAUCCACCACUGGAAGCAUCCUGAAUCUUAACUUGGAUCGGAGCAAGGCCGAGAUGGACCUGAAGGAGCUGAGCGAGUCGGUCCAGCAGCAGACGGCGCCUGUUCCUCUCAUCUCGCCUAAGCGGCAGAUCCGCAGCAGGUUCCAGCUAAAUCUUGACAAGACCAUAGAGAGUUGCAAAGCACAAUUAGGCAUAAAUGAAAUCUCAGAAGAUGUUUACACGGCCGUAGAGCACAGCGAUUCGGAAGAUUCUGAGAAGUCUGAUAGUAGCGAUAGUGAGUAUAUCAGUGACGAUGAGCAGAAGUCCAAGAAUGAGCCAGAAGACGCCGAAGACAAAGAGGGUGGUCGGAUGGACAAAGAGCCGUCGGCUGUCAAAAAAAAGCCCAAACUGGCCAACCCUGUGGAGACUAAGGAGGAGCUGAAAAGCACAUCACCAGCCAGCGAGAAAGCUGAUCCGGGCUCGGUCAAGGAAAAGUCAAGCCCCCAGCCUGAGAAGGACUUUUCAGAAAAAGCGAAAGCCUCCCCUCAUCCCACAAAGGAUAAACUGAAGGGGAAAGAUGAGACCGAUUCCCCAACAGUACACUUGGGCCUGGACUCCGAUUCAGAAAGUGAACUUGUCAUAGAUUUAGGAGAAGACCAUUCUGGGCGGGAGGGUCGUAAAAAUAAGAAGGAACCCAAAGAAACAUCUCCCAAGCAGGAUGUUGUAGGCAAAGCUCCACCAUCCACCACAGCGGGCAGCCAGUCCCCACCUGAAACUCCGCUCCUCACCCGCUCCUCCUCCCAAACUCCCACGGCUGGUGUCACGGCCACCACCAGCACCACGUCCACCGUCGCGGCCCCGGCCGCCGCCGCCGCCACCGCCACUGCCGCCGCUGCCGCCACCACCACGGGAAGCCCGGUGAAAAAGCAGAGGCCGCUUUUACCGAAGGAGACUGCCCCGGCCGUGCAGCGGGUCGUGUGGAACUCGUCAACUGUGCAGCAGAAGGAGAUCACGCAGAGCCCAUCCACCUCUACCAUCACCCUGGUGACCAGCACUCAGUCGUCGCCCCUGGUCACCAGCUCAGGGUCCACGAGCACCCUUGCAUCCUCAGUCAGCGCCGACCUGCCCAUUGCCACCGCUUCUGCUGACGUCGCUGCGGACAUUGCCAAGUACACUAGCAAAAUGAUGGAUGCAAUAAAAGGAACGAUGACAGAGAUCUAUAAUGAUCUUUCUAAAAACACUACGGGAAGCACAAUAGCCGAGAUUCGCAGGCUGAGGAUCGAGAUAGACAAGCUGCAGUGGCUGCACCAGCAGGAGCUCUCUGAAAUGAAACACAACCUGGAGCUGACUAUGGCGGAGAUGCGGCAGAGCCUGGAGCAGGAGCGGGACCGGCUCAUUGCUGAGGUGAAGAAGCAGUUGGAGCUGGAGAAGCAGCAGGCGGUGGACGAAACCAAGAAGAAGCAGUGGUGUGCCAACUGCAAGAAGGAGGCCAUUUUCUACUGCUGUUGGAACACCAGCUAUUGUGACUACCCCUGCCAGCAGGCUCACUGGCCCGAGCACAUGAAGUCCUGUACCCAGUCAGCUACGGCUCCUCAGCAGGAAGCAGAUGCCGAGGUGAGCGCAGAAACGCUAAACAAGUCAUCACAGGGGGGCUCUUCCAGCACACAGGCAGCCCCUCCAGAAACAGCCAGCACCUCGAAAGACAAGGAGACGUCGGCAGAGAAAAGCAAGGACAGCGGGUCGACCCUCGACCUUUCUGGCUCCAGGGAGACGCCCUCCUCCAUUCUCUUAGGCUCCAACCAAGGCUCUGACCACUCCCGGAGCAGUAAGUCUAGUUGCUGGAGCAGCAGUGACGAGAAGCGAGGACCCGCACGCUCCGAGCACAACACCAGUUCCAGUUCGAAGAGUCUCCUCCCGAAAGAGUCUCGGCUGGACACCUUCUGGGACUAGGGACAAGUCACGACACAAGCCACCCACGCCGUGGAGGAAAAAAAAACCAGACACCAGGGCAAUAGGAAGCAGCAAAGAAACGUGAGACUGGAGAGCAGCCACCUUCAGACUGGAGAGCACCAGGCACGCGGACUUGGCCUUCGCCUUUGGCACAGAGGGCAGCCUACACUACAUAGCGUCCUGCAUUGGCAUCAACUGAGGACUGUUGGACCCACACGAAACCUAUGCUUUAGGUGUAAAUGAUGUACAA